UCGGAACUUAUCGAUGUGUAGAAGAGUGCAGCAAGGGUUAUCGUGCAGUGAACGAUUCGUGUGUUGAUAUUGAUGAGUGCAUGGAAAAAUCUGCCGAAUGUGACAAACGAGCCAGUUGUACGAACACAAUCGGUGGAUAUGAAUGCACUUGUGAAGAAGGAUUCACUGGCAAUGGCCGAACAUGUUCACCGCUGAACGACUGCAGUCAGCAAGAAGGUAUUUGUGAUCGUCAUGCGUUCUGUUUGGGAUCACUUCGGAUGUGUAUUUGUCAAGCUGGAUACGUGGGUGAUGGACUCAGUUGCUAUGAUGUGAAUGAAUGUAAUGCAACAGUGAAUCCUUGUCAUGGACAAGUUGACAGUCGUUGUGUUAAUAUUGAUGGUGGUUAUAUAUGCUGUAAAGAUGGCGUUGACGAUGAGUUCUGCAUCAAAGAGUUGAUAUUGGUUGCAAUUACAGAAAAAGGAGCGUACUGCUCGGGAGGAUGUGGUUUACAUGCAAUUUGCUAUAAUGAAACGUGUCAGUGCAUGGAAGGUUUUGUUGGCGAUCCACAAGACAGAUGUGAUGAUAUAAAUGAAUGCGAAAACGAUAAACAAUGCGCUGGGGUUGGAGAAUGGUGUGUGAAUAAAAUAGGUGGUUACAUUUGUUGUGGUCCAUAUUCAUCCGAAGAAGAGUGCUUGAUUAUAUCACACAGCACUCCUCUGGAUGUUAAUGCCACAAUUCCCGAACAAGAAAGUGAAUUAAAUGGUCAGUUUAAAAAAAAAACGAAGUUCGCUGUUGUGACAGUCCAUUUUUCAGUGAAUGCUCGUUUAUGUUGUUCAUACUGA